AUGGCGGCGGGAGCGGCUCGGGCGGCGGCCGGCCCCUGCUCCGGCCCCAGCUCCGCCCGCGGCUUCUACUUCAACACCGUCCUGUCACUGGCCCGUUCGCUGGCCGUGCAGAGGCCCGCGGCCCUGGACAAGGUUGAGAAGCUGCUCUGCAUGUGUCCUGUUGAUUUUCAUGGGAUUUUCCAGUUAGAUGAACGUCGCAGAGAUGCUGUCAUUGCUUUGGGGAUUUUUCUUAUCGAAUCAAAUCUCCAGCACAAAGACCAAAUUAUCCCCUACCUUCUUCGCCUUCUGAGGGGUCUCCCCAAAGUGCAUUGGAUUGAAGAAAGUGCUGCGCGGAAAAAGCGAGGCAUGCUCCCUGUCGCAGAAAACUUCAGCUUCUGCUUGGUGACUUUGUUGUCAGACGUGGCCUAUCGGGAUUCUGCCCUCCGGAACGAGAUUUUCGACACAGUUUUGCACGUUUUGAACAUCCUUUUGGGCAUGUGCAAGGCUUCAGAGAUACAGGAAAAGGAGUACUUGUGUCGAUACACAGUGCCCUGCCUGCUGGGCAUCUCACGAGCCUUUGGGCGCUUCAGCCUCACCGACGAGCCCCUCCUCUCCAAGCUUUUCCCCCAGAUCCCACCACAGUCCCUGAAAGUCCCAGAGGAACUGGAGGGCAUUCGGAGACGCUCCUUCAAUGACUUCCGCUCCAUCCUGCCCAGCAAUUUACUGACCGUGUGUCAGGAAGGCACCUUGAAGAGGAAAACCAGCAGCGUCUCCAGCAUUUCUCAGGUGAGCCCCGAGCGAGGAACAGCGCCCCCCAACUCUCCUGGAGGAUCCAUCUUUCACUCCUUGGAAGGGCCUCUGUUUCCUGAGGGGCAUGUCCUGGAGCCAGACUGCUACUUGUUCACAGUUAGCUCCAGCUUCUCCGUGUCUCCACUCGUCCUUGGCACCAGCUCUGCCGAGUACAAGGUUCCCCUGGAAAUGCUCCGUGACCUCCUUACCUUGGUGGAGAAGAUAGUGGAGGAGUCUGUUCUCAAAGCCUUAGACGCUAUUGUGACUGCUGUCACGGAGGCCAACCCCAACAUCGAUCUGUACUACUCCACCUUCAGUGAUCCUCUCUACGUCACCAUGUUCAAAAUGCUGAGGGACACCUUGUACUACAUGAAGGACCUCCCGAUGUCCUUCGUGAAGGAAGUCCAUGACUUUGUGCUGGAGCAGUUCAACAUUAGCCAGGCCGAGCUGCAGAAAAUCCUGCACGAUGUUGACCGCGUCCCGAGUGAGCUCAGCCCCUUGAAGCUUCGCUGCCAGGCCAACGCAGCCUGCGUGGACCUCAUGGUGUGGGCCGUGAAGGACGAGCAAGGAGCAGAAAACCUCUGCCUCAAGCUGUCUGAGAAGCUGCAGUCCAAGACCUCCAGCAAAGUGAUCAUCGCCCACUUACCCCUGCUCAUCUGCUGCCUGCAGGGCCUUGGGCGUCUGUGUGAACGGUUCCCGGUGGUGGUUCAUUCGGUGACCCCGUCUUUGCGGGACUUUCUGGUCAUCCCGUCCCCAGUGCUGAUCAAGCUGUACAAGUACCACAGCCAGUACCACGCAGUUGGCGGCAACGACAUCAAAAUCAGCGUCACCAACGAGCACUCGGAGCCUGCGCUGAACGUGACGUCCGGGAAGAAGAGCCAGCCGUCCAUGUACGAGCAGCUCCGGGACAUCGCCAUCGACAACAUCUGCAGGUGCCUGAAGGCUGGUCUGACAAUCGAUCCCGUGAUCGUGGAGGCCUUCCUGGCCAGCCUGUCCAACAGGCUCUACAUCUCGCAGGAGAGUGACAAGGAUGCUCACCUGAUUCCGGACCACACCAUCCGGGCGCUGGGGCACAUCGCGGUGGCACUGAGGGACACCCCCAAAGUCAUGGAGCCCAUCCUGCAGAUCCUGCAGCAGAAGUUCUGCCAGCCUCCCUCUCCUCUCGAUGUGCUCAUCAUCGACCAGCUGGGCUGCCUGGUGAUCACUGGCAACCAAUACAUUUACCAAGAGGUGUGGAACCUCUUCCAGCAGAUCAGCGUCAAGGCCAGUUCCGUGGUGUAUUCAGCCACCAAAGACCACAAGGAUCAUGGCUACAGGCACUGCUCCCUGGCCGUGAUCAACGCCCUUGCCAACAUCGCCGCCAACAUUCAGGACGAGCACCUGGUGGACGAGCUGCUCAUGAACUUACUAGAGCUCUUUGUGCAGCUGGGUCUGGAAGGGAAGCGGGCCAGCGAGAGGGCCAGCGAGAAAGGGCCGGCCUUGAAGGCGUCCAGCAGUGCCGGGAACCUUGGCGUGCUCAUCCCUGUUAUCGCUGUGCUCACACGACGCCUGCUCCCCAUCAAGAAGGCCAAACCAAGACUUCAGAAGCUGUUCCGGGAUUUCUGGCUCUAUUCGGUGCUCAUGGGAUUUGCUGUGGAAGGCUCAGGACUGUGGCCCGAGGAGUGGUACGAGGGCGUCUGUGAAAUAGCCACCAAGUCCCCCCUACUCACGUUCCCCAGCAAGGAGCCCCUGCGGUCUGUCCUUCAGUACAACUCUGCCAUGAAAAACGACACCGUCACGCCGGCUGAGCUGAGCGAGCUCCGCGGCACCAUCAGCAACCUGCUGGACCCUCCCCCAGAAGUGUCUGCGCUCAUCAACAAGUUGGACUUUGCCAUGUCCACCUACCUGCUGUCUGUCUACCGCCUGGAGUACAUGAGGGUGCUGCGCUCCACGGACCCGGACCGCUUCCAGGUGAUGUUCCACUACUUUGAGGACAAGGCCAUUCAGAAGGACAAGUCUGGCAUGAUGCAGUGUGUGAUCGCCGUGGCGGAUAAAGUCUUUGACGCUUUUCUCAACAUGAUGGCUGAAAAGGCCAAAACCAAGGAGAAUGAGGAGGAGCUUGAGCGGCAUGCCCAGUUUCUGCUCGUGAACUUCAAUCACAUCCACAAGAGAAUCCGCAGGGUUGCCGACAAGUAUCUGUCGGGACUCGUCGACAAGUUUCCCCACUUGCUGUGGAGUGGCACUGUCCUGAAGACCAUGCUGGACAUCCUGCAGACUCUGUCACUGUCCCUUAGCGCCGAUAUUCACAAGGACCAACCUUACUACGACAUCCCAGACACUCCCUAUCGAAUCACAGUCCCUGACACUGCCGAGGCCCGAGAGAACAUCGUGAAGGACUUUGCAGCACGCUGUGAGAUGAUCCUUCAAGAGGCAAUGAAAUGGGCCCCAACUGUGACCAAAUCCCACCUGCAGGAAUAUCUGAAUAAGCACCAGAACUGGGUAUCAGGCUUGUCCCAACACACGGGCCUGGCCAUGGCCACCGAGAGCAUCCUCCACUUUGCUGGUUACAAUCGGCAGAACACGACGCUGGGGGUAACUCAGCUUACCGAGCGGCCCGCAUGCGUGAAGAAAGAUUACUCCAACUUCAUGGCUUCCCUGAAUUUGCGCAACCGCUAUGCAGGCGAGGUUUACGGAAUGAUUCAGUUCUCAGACACCACAGGCCACACGUCCGACCUCAAAAAGCUGAUGGUCCAGCAGCUGAACACAGCCUUGGACUCACACAAGGCUCAGCACUAUACUCAGGCCAUGUUCAAGUUGACGGCGAUGCUGAUCAGCAUCCCAGACUGUGACCCCCAGCUCCUGCACCACUUGUGCUGGGGCCCCCUCCGGAUGUUCAAUGAACACGGCAUGGAGACGGCCAUCGCGUGUUGGGAGUGGCUGCUCGCGGGCAAGAACGGCGUAGAGGUGCCGUUCAUGCGGGAGAUGGCCGGUGCCUGGCAGAUGACAGUGGAGCAGAAAUACGGGCUCUUUUCUGUGGAGACAAAGGAAGCGGAUCCCUUGGCAGCUUCCGAAGUGAGCCAGCCGAAGCCAUGUCCCCCCGAGGUGACGCCGCACUACAUCUGGAUUGACUUCCUGGUGCAGAGGUUUGAGAUCGCCAAGUACUGCAGCUCAGACCAGGUGGAAAUCUUCUCCAGCCUCCUCCAGCGUUCCAUGUCGCUAAACAUCGGGGGCACCAAGGGCAGCAUGAACCGGCAUGUGGCGGCCAUCGGCCCCCGCUUCAAGCUGCUGACCCUCGGGCUGUCACUGCUGCAUGCUGAUGUGGUCCCCAACGCCACCAUCCGCAACGUCCUGCGCGAGAAGGUGUAUUCGACUGCCUUUGACUACUUCAGCUGUCCCCCAAGGUUCCCUACCCAAGGAGAAAACCAGCUGCGUGAGGACAUCAGCAUCUUGAUCAAGUUCUGGACUGCCAUGUUCUCCGAUAAGAAGUACCUCACUGCCAGCCAGCUUGUGCCCCCAGAUAACCAAGACACUCGGAGUAACCUGGACAUUACCGUCGGCUCUCGACAGCAAGCCACCCAGGGCUGGAUCAAUACUUACCCUCUGUCCAGCGGCAUGUCAACCAUCUCCAAGAAAUCAGGGAUGUCCAAGAAAACCAACAGAGGCACCCAGCUGCACAAGUAUUACAUGAAGCGGCGGACGCUGCUGCUGUCCCUUCUGGCUACAGAGAUCGAACGUCUGAUCACGUGGUACAACCCACUGUCAGCCCCCGAGCUGGAGCUGGACCAGGCCGGGGAGAGCAGCGUGGCCAACUGGAGGUCCAAGUACGUCAGCCUGAGCGAGAAACAGUGGAAGGACAACGUGAACCUGGCCUGGAGCAUCUCCCCGCACCUGGCCGUGCAGCUGCCCUCCAGAUUCAAGAAUACGGAAGCCAUCGGCACCGAGGUGACGCGGCUGGUACGGCUGGACCCGGGCGCCGUCAGCGACCUGCCAGAGGCCAUCAAGUACCUGGUGACCUGGCACACAAUUGAUGCAGACGCCCCCGAGCUCAGCCAUGUGCUGUGCUGGGCCCCGACAGACCCGCCCACCGGCCUCUCCUACUUCUCCAGCAUGUACCCGCCCCACCCCCUCACCGCACAGUAUGGAGUCAAAGUCUUGCGGUCCUUUCCUCCGGACGCCAUUUUGUUCUACAUCCCCCAGAUUGUGCAGGCCCUGAGGUAUGACAAGAUGGGCUACGUCCGGGAGUACAUCCUGUGGGCAGCGUCAAAGUCCCAGCUCCUGGCGCACCAGUUUAUCUGGAACAUGAAGACCAACGUCUUCCUGGAUGAAGAAGGCCACCAGAAGGACCCGGACAUCGGGGAGCUCUUGGAGCAGCUGGUGGAGGAGAUCACGGGCUCCCUGUCAGGCCCUGCUAAGGACUUCUAUCAGCGGGAGUUCGAUUUCUUUAACAAGAUCACCAACGUGUCAGCCAUAAUCAAGCCCUUCCCGAAAGGCGACGAGCGGAAGAAAGCGUGUCUGAGUGCCCUGGCUGAAGUGAAGGUGCAGCCGUGCUGCUACCUCCCAAGUAACCCUGAGUCCAUUGUGCUGGACAUUGACUACAAGUCAGGAACCCCGAUGCAAAGCGCUGCCAAGGCCCCGUACCUGGCCAAGUUUAAGGUGAAGCGUUGCGGGGUCAGCGAGCUCGAGAAGGAAGGGAUGCGGUGCAGCUCAGAGCAAGUCACUCCCCCCGAGGAAGAGGACAAGGACAGCAGCAAGAUUUCUUGGCAGGCAGCCAUCUUUAAAGUGGGCGAUGACUGCAGACAGGACAUGCUGGCUCUGCAAAUUAUUGACCUCUUCAAGAACAUCUUCCAGCUGGUGGGCCUGGACCUCUUUGUGUUUCCCUACAGGGUGGUGGCCACGGCUCCUGGAUGUGGGGUGAUUGAAUGCAUUCCCGACUGCACGUCUCGAGACCAGCUGGGCCGGCAGACAGACUUUGGCAUGUACGACUAUUUCACUCGGCAAUACGGAGACGAGUCCACCCUGGCCUUCCAGCAGGCCCGCUACAACUUCAUCCGCAGCAUGGCUGCCUACAGCCUCCUCCUGUUCCUGCUGCAGAUCAAAGACCGCCACAACGGGAACAUCAUGCUGGACAAGAAGGGCCACAUCAUCCACAUCGACUUUGGCUUCAUGUUUGAGAGCUCCCCCGGUGGGAAUCUGGGCUGGGAGCCGGACAUCAAGCUGACCGAUGAGAUGGUCAUGAUCAUGGGCGGGAAGAUGGAGGCCACCCCAUUCAAGUGGUUCAUGGAGAUGUGCGUCCGAGGCUACCUGGCGGUCAGGCCCUACAUGGACGCCGUGGUCUCCCUGGUCACCCUGAUGCUGGACACUGGGCUGCCCUGCUUCCGAGGACAGACAAUCAAGCUGCUGAAGCACAGAUUCAGCCCCAACAUGACGGAGCGGGAGGCCGCCAACUUCAUCCUGAAGGUCAUUCAGAACUGCUUCCUCAGCAACAGGAGCCGGACGUAUGACAUGAUCCAGUACUAUCAGAACGACAUCCCGUACUGAGGCCCCCGCAGGCAGGGGGUUUCUGGGGCAGCGACAUUGCUUCCAAGUCUUGUCACGCGCACCGCGCAAUCGCACCUUCGGCUCUGGCUCUGGUCUGUUGUGGGCAUGCGGGAGGUGUGCGCAUGCUUGUGUGUGUGUGUGUGUGUGCAUGCACGAGAGCUCACCUGUGGCUCACUCGUCCCCUGACCCGUAGAGCAGUCGAUAGAGCUGAGCCCUCUUGUGUCAGUCUCCCCGGGAUCCCUGAUGCCCCCACCCCGUGUGACGUCAGAGGGAUUCAGGGUGAACCAGUGAGAUGGUUUGUAAAGGAAAGUGAGGGUCCCCACAACAGGAAGCACGUGGCAAUCUGCUCUUUGCAACAGGGCAAGGCACCUGGUGCAGUGUCUUGGUGAUACUCUAAGAGGUGGAAUGAUAAUCAUCCCGGGGCAUCGCUGUCUGUGCAGAGGCGCCCCAGCUCUGCACUGGGCAUGGUCCCUGCCUCCCUGCUCCUUUAUUUCAUAGGUACAAGGAGAAUGUAUUUUUCCUUUUGUGUGUAAAAUAAAAAUCACUCUAUAAAGAUUUAUUUAAUCUACCAGAAAUAAUAAAAGGACCAAAAUGA